UGUUGAUUCCCGCGCAAUGGUCUUAUUCCGCACCAGUUCCGCAGUGUGGCUAAAAAGAACAGACUAUAUUAUUGAAAACUUUUUACAUUUCUAAGAAAUUUUCCACAGAAGAUAAAUUAUUGUAUAACAUUUUGAGGACUUUAACAUCGUGUGUUGCUAAAAGUAAAACAUUUGGAAAAUAUGAGGGAAACCUUGCUUACAAAUUGCGAGCGGAAUUUUGUGAAUAAAUGUAUAGAGAAGGAAACGAGGUUAGAUGGGCGGAAAUUAUUGGAGGCACGUUCUGUCAAAAUUCACUUUGGCUCUAGUUGGGGAUGCUGUAUGGUAUCUCUCGGCCAUACAAAGGCAAUAGCACAGGUAUCAUGUGAUAUACAACAGCCAAAAACAUCUCGUCCUAAUGAAGGCAUGAUACAUAUAAAUGUUGAACUCUCUCAACUAGCUGCCCAACACUUUGAAAGCGGCAGACCAUCUGAGGCGUCCAUAAUGAUUAGUAGACAACUGGAAAAGUGCUUUAAAGAUUCAAAGUGCGUAGACUUAGAAUCUUUGUGUAUUGUAGCAGAUAAGAAGGUGUGGAACCUGAGAGUUGAUGUUAAUGUUAUAAAUCACGAUGGGAAUCUAAUUGAUUGUGCCUCCAUAGCGACACUUGUUGCUCUUUCGCAUUUCCAUAGACCAGACGUUACCUCUACUGGCGAAGAAGUCAUCAUACAUCCAGCCUCAGAGAAAGAUUUUCUACCACUAACAUUGUUUCACUAUCCAGUCUGCAUAUCUUUCAUAACUUUUGAAAGCGGCAAUACCAUAAUGGAUCCCACAUAUACAGAGGAAAGAGUUGGCGUCGCUCGACUUACACUGGGUGUAAAUUCGUAUAGAGAACUCUGUAGCUUGCAUUUCGAUUACUUGACGAAAACUAUGACGGUUGAGGAUGUGAUAUCCGCUGUUUCGAAUCAUGCAGCGACUUAUGCUGCAAAACUGGUGCAGCAAAUAAAGGAGACAGUGACUGAAGACAUACAAUCAAGGUACAAAAAGGACAACAGCAGCGUAUGCGGUUUUAAAGAAAGCAUUCACACGGAUAAACUUACAUCAAUGAUUGGCAAUCAUAUUAGUAUCAAACUAAGCAAAUGGGACACAGUAGCUAUAACUGAAGAUGAAGAUAUAAGAACGGAAAAUGAAGACAGUCGUAUUGUAAAGCAUGACGAAGGAUCUGCUGAAUUGAUACCUAUUUUCAAAAAUUCGCCUCAAACAGAAAGUGGUUUUAGUAUAAUGGAUGACUCCGAUUUUUCGGACGAUCAGGAAUGUAUCAAGUUACCAACCCCACCAAAAAGUACAUCUACAACUAUAGAAGAAAUUAAGCUGGAAGACAGCGACUGAGCGAUUGUACGACUUCAAUUUUCUCGCCACAUAUAUUUCAUGAUUUUGCUAAUAAAGAAAAUUGAUAAUAUUAUUAGCUUUAAAAAAAAAACUGAUGAUUUGGUUAUAAAAAACAGAAUUUUAUAAGUUGGUAAACAUUAAUGAAACUUGAUAUAGAAUUAAAAAAAAAAUUAACAUUCUCAACUUCAAGAUUAGUUUCUGGAAAUUUUCUCAAUUUUCAGUAACCAUUGUGAACCUUUGUAACUUUCUGAUUUUAUCUCCACAUGUAUGUAAAUCCGUGCGAUUUAAUUUUCGCAAGAAAGAUUAAGGAAAUA